AUGGAAGACGCAUCGUGUCUGGUGUUGCGUUGGGAGAAACGUCUUGAAGGGGCCUGCGGCGACUCCGGGAAUUCGGUUAAUGGCGGGCAAACAAGGGGGUUGGGGCAGCAACGGCAAGCACAAACGCAGGCGGCAGUUGCGGAGGCGGCAUCUGUUGGAAUGGCGCUGCUGAAGUUAUUGUUACAAAUGGAACAGAAGGAGGACGAGAUGGCCGAUGACGACAAGGAUGCAAAGGAGGGGACGGAGACCGCACUACCCCACCAGCGGCUAACACAGCUCCUUGUGGAGGUGGUUCUUGCUAUUUUGGACUCCUGCAUCCAGUGGACAGGAACCAAGAACGCGGUGCAGGCGGUGUGCUGUGAGCUGAUGGCAGCAUCCUCUCGGGAGAAGGGACAAGACGACCUCGCAGAAAAGCUGUGCGACUGGUGGGACCACGAGGAGGUUGCAGAGCAGGCCUGGCGCUGGUGUGAGGCGCAUCUCACACUCUUGCCAGCUGAUGAAGCGGCAUGGCGUUAUGGAGCAUCUCACGGCGUGGCAACACCCACCGAUUGGUGGUGGCGCCCCGACGCGAUGACUUCUGCAAACUCAAACUCUCUAAGUGAGACAACUGCGGCGGCAGCACGCUCACUUUUUCAGGAGGUUUAUGCGACGGUGUCUCAACAGUGUAUUGCAGAGUCUCCUCGUACAGAGCUAGCCACUGCUAAAGAGCUUUUGCAUAAUUUAUUUACAUUACCUGCAAGUUUUUUUUUCCACCGCAUAGCAGUGAGUCGUGGCGUAUUGCAACGUCUAUUCACAAUGAAGGCGACAGCUUUGCUGCAUCAAGCUCAUCUGCUGACUUGUCUCGCAUUUCUAAAGAAUGCUGCUCAACCUCGUUACACAGAGAAGAGUAGAAAAACAUCCGGCGGGGGCAGUAGCCACGAAUUAUUGUGGGUUUCGCGUGAAUGCCUGUCCCUUGCAUGGAAGAAUCUUAUUUCUUCGAUAACUGCAGUGCAAGUGGCCACAAUACACUUUGGUGCAUCCUGUGGGGGUUUGCGACAACAAGUUCGACGGGCAUUAUUUGGCGUGAAGGAAGUGGCGAGUGAGACAGAUGGCACUUUUUCAUCUUGUGAAGACUUUUUUUACGUGCAUCCUUCUGUUGAACCGUCUGAGAAUGCGUGUCGUGUUACACAUGGCGUGGGACUUGUGGCCACAGGAAAGAUUUCUGAAGGCAGUGUCAUGUUGCAGGAACGGUCUCUUUUGUUUCAUAGCUCACCAGAUCAAACCGCGGCUAAGACGGAGAUGCAAAACAACGAGAUGUCAAAUGUCACGGGUGCGGCACUUGAAUUGUUUCGGCGUGGCGGUAUGACGUUCAUAAGCGAUGCGGUGACUUCACAAGUAGUGGAAUCUCUUCAAAGUGGUGCUUUUUUUGGGGAGCCAACACAGGCUGGUGAAAUGUGGAAUGCGUUGCAUCUUAUUGCCACCAUGCAACCGGCGGACAGAAACAGUAUUGGAACGGAGGAUGGUUUUGCGCGCGACAUUGCCGACCUUGUGCGCUGCUGGACGGAACGAGCCAUUCCAUUCUGCCCCGUGGAAGAAUUUAGGAUUGAGUUGGAGGGAGCCCCUGGGGAGGGGAAGGGGUUGUAUCCGUUUGCCGGUUUUAUAAACCACAGUUGUUCACCAAACGCGGUAUUUGUCUUUGGUGAAGAAGAAGGUGCCUGUUGUUCCUCGAGAGGCGGUGUAUUGCGUGUUGUAGCUCUUUGUGACAUUGAGCCAGGUGAGGAGAUAACAGUCACAUAUCUUUCCUCACUUCUUCUUUCAAGGGAGUUAAAACGAGAGCGGAAUGGCUUCUAUUGUUGCUGUACCUUUUGUCUUUCUUACGCUGCGUUAUUGGAGGGUGUGGUGUGCCCUACGUGCCAACAGCUUGUUUACGAUGAUCACAACGACAAGGAAGAGGUGUCAUCUAAAGCGGUUGAUGUAGUUUCCUCUGUGAGGGCCAAUAACACAGCAAAUGGGCGGGUGAAACCGUACGCACACCUGCCUGGUUGUGCAUACGCGGGAUACAGUAGCUACAAGGAUCUCGCCGGGCCAAUGAAAUCAGGGUUCAAGAAAAUCAUUGACAACAUCCACUGCGAGCUUUUGGGAAGGUCUAUUACGGAUGCCGUGCAUGAACAUGGAAAUUGCAUGCAGGAAGGUUUUGGAGCUGGAGAAACGGAAAAGUAUAAAGAAGAAGAAGAUGAUGAUGACAAAAAAUAUGCACAGCGCGCUCAGAAAGCCGUGCGUCAGUUAAUGGAUCUUGACACAUUGGCUUCUGGACUUCCAUCGACACAUCAUUACCGUUUGCAGGCGCGGAUGGAAUGCUUGGCUACUUCUUUGAAUGCCAUUAUGACGCCAAAUGACGUCACACGACUGAUGCAACUAUGCGAAAAACUGUUAGAGGAUUUAGAGGUGCUGCUGCCGAGAAAUUAUCCGCUCUUGACGGGUAUCCGUCUUCAUUAUGCUCUUGCACGCAGCCGGUACCUGAUCGCCACAACAGACAUCAACGACCCUGCAGCAGACGGGUAUCCCGAAGGGUGCUGCGGAAGUGUGCGUGAGCAAGCUGAAAUGAUGCGUUUGCCAUUUAUGCGUGAUGCUAUCAUUCGCGAAUGCGUGGUGCGGUCUUUCCAGGAGCAUUAUGUUUACACGGGCUGGCGAUUUGCAGAGGCCAACGACGAGGAAAUUCUUCAGAGUUUUUUACGGCGAUACGAAGCGGAACUGUUUGCAUGUGGUGUGGAGGAAUUGUCUCACUUCAACAUGUUGUCGCUGAUGUUUGAUGCAGCAGAGGGCGGCAGCGGGUAA